UUGAAAAAUGUGUCCGUUGACUUCUUUGAAAAGCAAACAACUGUCCUACUUGGUUACAGUGGAUCAGGAAAAUCUUCCCUACUAUCCAUCUUAACCGGAUCUAUUACCCUAUCGGAAGGUUUAGUGUUGGUGAAUGGAAACAACGUAAUGAGUCAUUCAGACGAAUUAACAAGAAAUUUAGGAUUUUGUCCACAAGAAAAUAUUCUUUUUCCAGAUUUAUGUGUUGCUCAACAAUUAUGCUUUUUCAAUAUGUUGAAAAACCGAAGUAAACCAAAAACUCUUAUUGACGUUGAAGUGAGGUCAGUACUUGAAAAGCUUAAUUUGUCUAAGAAAAAGAACACUUUUCCAAAUCAAUUAACUAUAUCGGAAAAGCGAAGAGUUUGUCUUGGAAUAGCUUUGAUUGGAAAUCCAAAAAUUCUGAUUUUGGACGAACCAACUUUGGGAUUGGAUGCAGAAGAGAAACAUCGCAUUUGGAAGUUAUUAUUGAGGAUGAACGGUCAAAACACUAUUUUGAUAGGUACCCGUGACACUGAAGAAGCGGAUGUUCUAGGUGACGCAGUAGCGAUGUUACACGAAGGAGAAUUGAAAUGUUACGGAAGUCCAAACUAUCUCAAAAAAUUACUUGGAUAUGAGAACUUACAAGUCACGUUAGACACAGAGACACAAAGUGAACUGGAGAAAAUUUGCGAUUAUUUCGACACUGAGAGCGAAGUGAUUGGUAUAAAUCAUGAAAAAAUAAUAUUGAGUGUGCCCGAUAACGAAGAAUUACCAGAUUCUUUAGACAAAAUAGAAAACCAUAAAGAAGAACUCGGCGUCACAGGAAUCAACGUUUCCAGCUUUACCUUGGAAAAAGUUUAUCUUGAAGCGACGUAUGACAAUAGCGCACCAUUAGCUUCUCGAGAACCAUCUUGUAGUACAGUUGAUAAAUUAGACAAUGAAAAGCAGUCAAGAAACGUUGUAAAAUCCCUCGUGUGUAAAAAAGCUACUUACACAGUGAAUAACAUCUCAACUAUUGCUAUAAUUCUAACGAUGUUUUUUGUAUCCCUUUUGUGUGCGUCACUGGUACUAAUAAGCGAAUCCGAGAAACGAAAAAUCGAAAUACCAAUAGAAAUAGACAUGUAUAACAGUAUCACAGCAUCGUACUUCUACGAUAUUAGAGCCGGUCUAAAUCCAACAGACCCGGCUAUAGUUUUGGGAAAUAAUUACAUGUCGGUUAUAGAGGAACGUCGUGGAAGGAUUAUCUUCAAUCCUUACAUAGUAAACUUACAAGUUGACAAAUUCAACUAUGCGUACCGGAAUCUCGUGGGGGCAGAGUUCAAAACCGACGAGUACGGCCAGAACGACAUAACAGCCACUGCAUUGUAUAAUCCAAUAAGAGCGAAAUAUGCGUUACCGAUUGCCAUCAACUUGGUAUCGAAUGCUGUGCUGAGAACCAUACUUAGAUCCAGAGAUUGCAGCAUCGAAGUCUCUUACGAAGAAUUAGCUCAAUUCAGAGACGACGUCGUGGUUACCAAUUUGACCACAAACUCAAGGUUUGACGGCUUCGUCGUGGCUGUGAUGCUCGUCUUUUUUGUCUUCCCCGCUGUGGCGUUUUUAGUCGUUCACCCGCUCAGAGAAUCAUUGUCCAAUGUGAAGCAUCUGCAGAGGAUCGCUGGUGUUUCGGCAGGCGCCUACUGGGGAGUCAUGAUUAUUUUUGAUUGUGUCGUUUUACUUGUCACAAGCGCGUUGUUCGUCAUUGCAUUCGUCAUUGCAGAUCUCAUUUUCGGUCUUGAUCUUUUUGGGUGGCAAGAGACUCUGAUACUGCUACUCCUGUUCAUUCUGUUUGCAAACAAUGCGUUACCGCUCAUCUACACGUUUAGUUUUCGAAAGAAAUCUCCAAGCGCUACGAUAGUUUUAUUGAGUCUUUUACCAAUAUGCUUAGUGCUAGUGGAACUGACCAUCUGUAUUGGAAAGCUGUAUUUAUGCGAAGACAAUCAUUUUUUCAAUACAUUCCGCCAAAUUCAGAAAGGAUUCUUCCUGAUCAUUCCUUACGUUAGUUUCUUCCACGGUCUACAUUCGUUUUUCAAUGAUGUCCAAAUAAACUCGGAUUGUAGAAAACUAACGAAUCUGGCCAGUGAGAGAGUGUGCGAACUCACUCCGUGUUGCCGCAUGAGAUGUAUUGAUGGAUCGUGCUCGAAUGCCGUUUCCUACUUCAAAAAUUUCGAAAACGACGUAGCACUAGAAAUGAGCGUUCUCGCUUUGUCCCUGACGCCUCUACUUUAUUUCACGAUCCUCUUUAUUCUAGAAUGCAAACUUGUUCCAAAGCUACUCAGUAAAAUGAAGGCGGGUAUGCCUGACGACAGCGAUGUAGCUUUUGAAGAGCAGGUGAAGAAAGUCAAGCGCGAAAUAGCCUUCGAAACUUCAAAAAUCCGAGAAAAAAUAUCCAGCAAAGAACGUACCAACGGAGACUUAAACACCGUUGAAAACGGAACCGAAACUGUUUUUCUCGACGGCCGCGAAAAGAAGGAUUACGACUUUGUAGCUUACGAAUUAAGAAAGUUGUACGGCAAUUUGGUAGCGAUCGAAGAUGUGAGCUUUGGUGUACAGCGCAACGAAUGCUUCGGGUUGACUGGGCCGAGUGGCGCUGGAAAAACAACAAUUUUGAAACUCAUAACUGGAAAGGAAAUCCCGGAUCAUGGAGUGAUAAAUUUGCGCGGUGAACGUCAACACGAAGGGAUGGGAUAUUGUCCGCAAAAUGAAGCUCUGAUAAAGACUUUGAAUGCCUAUGAUCAUCUGUAUCUAUUUGCCAGACUGCGAGGUGUUGCCGAUAGAAAGAUCGAUCGUGAAGUGGCGAAAUGGAUCGACAGACUUAAUCUGAACGAUUGUGCCUCUCAACCUACUGAGACGUACGGUAGCGGUAGCAAAAGACGAUUAAACAUCGCAUUGGCACUUAUUGGACAUCCAAAGUUAGUUUUGUUGGACGAACCCACGAAGAAUCUCGAUCCCGCGACAAGGCAAUCUUUAUGGAAAAUUAUUCAAUCGUGUCAGAUAGGGCAAGCUACUAUAUUGGCAUCUGACAGCAUAGAAGAAUGCCUUACCUUAUGCAAAAGCCAUGCUUUUGUGGCAGACGGGCGAUUUACUGAUAUUGGCCUAACUGAAGAACUUAAACAACGUCUUAGAACUGGUUUUGAAAUUCGAUUCAAUUUGAAAUACGAAACGACUAAUGAUGAAAUUAAUUGCUUGAAGAAAGAAAUGAGUAAAGUUUUCUCUUCUGGAAUUUUAAAUGAAAUACCGAGGUUCUUGAAAUUGCAUAUAUCACCAACUGAAACAACAUGGCGAAAGAUGUAUGAUUUGCUAGUGGAGAUAAAAGAUAAAUUUUCUUGUAUUGACGAGUUUUAUGUAUUAACAUCGGUACCAGAACAGCUUUUGCCAUUGGGUGUUCAAACAAUGCACGGAGAAGCCAAUAAAAAUUCAUCGGAUGCAAAGGCUACUAUGAUCGAAUGAUAAAUUAAAAAUAAAUAUGUAAUAUUUACAAGGGAACGUUCCUAAUCCUCCGCUUCCGAUUUUACUGCACUUUGGAUAUGUUAUAGCUUAUUGAAAAAUAAAAAAAUACGUGUUUUUUAUCG